CGCGCUUUGCGACACGUGAACACACUUUACGACAUGUUUACGGUAGUAGGACGCCAGAAAAGCGCAUUUUCACGUGUGGCGUCGAUAAAGACCAGCACUCAGUAAGUGAUGGUGAAUCAGCUGAUGUUGAGGGCAGCCGCUCACUGCGGGAGAUGGACAGCUGUCAAUCAACUCACCCGGACACACUCAGAUAUGGCAGAGUUUCGAGAGGUUUUCUCUAAGGCGCGUCAGAUCGCCAUCAUCACUGGAGCAGGAGUGAGUGCAGAGAGUGGAGUGCCAACUAUCAGAGGAGCUGAAGGACACUGGAGGACCUGGAAAACACAGGAUCUGGCCACGCCGCAGUCGUUCUGCCGUCACCCCAGCAGGGUGUGGGAGUUCUACCACUACAGACGUGAGCUGUGUGUGAAGGCCCAGCCCAGCGCCGCUCACAGGGCCAUCGCCGAGUGUGAGGCGCGGCUCAGCCGACAGGGCCGGUCACUGGUGCUGAUCACACAGAACAUCGACCAGCUGCACCAGCGCGCCGGAUCCAAGCACGUGCUGGAGGUCCACGGUAACCAGUAUCAGACCAGAUGUGUGAGCUGUGGAGAUGUGGAGGUCAAUCACAAGAGCCCCAUCUGUCCGUCACUGGAGGGCAAAGGGUCACCUGACCCUGAUGUCCCCGAUGCACUCAUACCUGUCAAAGACCUGCCCAGGUGUGAGCAGAAGGGCUGUGACGGGCUGCUGCGGCCUCACGUCAUCUGGUUCGGGGAGACCCUGGACUCCCACAUCCUCACUGCAGUGGAGCAGGAGCUGGAGACCUGUGACCUGUGUCUGGUGGUGGGCACGUCCUCUGUGGUGUAUCCGGCAGCCGUGUUCGGCCCACAGGUGGCGUCCCGAGGUGUUCCCGUGGCCGAGUUCAACACUAAGAGGACCCCGAACACAGCACGCUUCAGGUUUCACUUCCCGGGCCGUUGCUCAGAGACUCUUCCUGCCGCUCUGGCGCGCCACGAGUCUGAGCUCAUCUGACACACACCUCACGCUCGCCGGAUCAGCUGGAGAUGACCGAGGGGAAAUAACACACACAAUGAUCUCAGAUUCAUUCCUCUGCUUCUGAAAUAUGAACUCUUGCACAUAAACUAGGCCAAAGGAAGCUCACAUGAGCGUAUGUUUGUGCUGUUGAAAGUUCCCCAUGUGCCUUCGCUUAAAUCACGGAUGUGUCUUCAUGUUUAGCAGGAUUGUGGGAGACGGCGCUCGCCUCUUCCAGUGUUUGCCUGUAUAAUACUCCAGUCGUCUCAUCAGUUUCACCAGGG